AUGGCCGCCCGCAGCCGCUCGCUGGGCCUCUUCUGCUCCUUCUGCGGCAACCACGACCACAUCGGGAAGGACUGCGCCGCGCUCGACAUGGCGGAGUCCCUCACCGACGCGCUCGGCCUUCCGGAGUCCUCACGGCGCCCCUCGCGCCAGUACCAGGACCUUCGCAAGCUGGUGUUCGACAAGGAUGAGGUGCCCCUCACCAUCCGCAACGUCGCCUACGGCGUCCCCCCUGGCUUUGAGCCAGACCUCGCCUGGGAGGACCCGCGCUUCAAGGACGCCCGCAUUGCAUGCAAUGCCGGGAUGAUGCGUCGCUGCAAGGCUCUCUGCACGGCCAAGACGCGCAGUGCCCUCACUGAGAAUCCAGGCGAGUACAUCCCGUACGUCAUGAGGUCCCAGGCCCGCCGGAACUUCCAGAAGAUCGCGCCACUGGUCCCCAUGGAUGCCGACACAUACAACUUCAAUGUUUUUCUCACAUGGCCCACCCGGAACUCCCCAUACACGAUGAAGAAGGACGCCCCCCCAGACAUGAUCUCCAAGGUCGCAGCCAGCAUGGUCGACGACGGCCAGGCCAUCAUCGAGGCUCAAGAAGGCUCGCAAGAGGCCGCCCUCCUGCCUGCCGCGCCCAUCCGCGCCCUCGCGCGAUCCCCCGGUCCCGCGGCCCCGGGCCCCGCCACCGCGGCUGCCCAAGACGCCGCGGCGGCAGGCGCUGUCAGCAUCACCCUGGGGGACCUGCAGAACUACUCCUUCACGAAGCUCCACGACGCCCGCCAACCCAAGUCCCUCGACUGGGCCCUGGAGGACACUGACGUGACGUCCGACGACACCCAGGAGCCCCGCAACAAGUUCAAGGCUUACCACACCGCCCUCAAGGCGCUCGCCCCCAAAUCCACGGGCGGCCGCACCAAGACCCCGGGCAGAGCCAAUCAACAAGCCAGCGCAGCCUUCAAGAAGGCGGUCGAGACUAUGGGGGCCAAGUUCGACGCCACCCGCCUCACGGACGUCGUCAAGCUUGUCGCGGCCGUCCGGGCCCGCAGCGACGAGCUCGGCCAGUGA